UGUUGAGAUGCUGAGAGCGCUGAAAUGGAGUUGGGAGAUUGUAGUUCAAGUCAGGUGUGGGACAAAAUUACCCGUGACAUCACGUGCGGUAGCUAUUCUACCAGGUCAGACUUUACCGGCAAUGAUUAUGGAAAACACAAAGGCACCCUUGAACCUAUCCUUAUGCUAAUGUCCACGGAGUUUCAUAUACUCAUAUGCAGCUUGUCAAGGGAUGAUACAACAUAACCACGUGGGCAGCUGUAUAUAGAACACUCCGCAGCCUUGGAGAAUAGUAUAGCACAAUACCAUGCAUCCCAAAUAUGGCCCCCAAUUGCCAGCCACGAUCGUUAUUAUUGGCUGCCUUCCUUCCGCGUGAAGACCGCAGGAGCGAAGACCUCGCGUCGAGGCUUCGUUAUGCCAACGCAUCACGUUACGAAGAGAGACUUCAAUAUCCAAACGCAUGUUCUUGGGGAGCAUUUACGGUGACUGAAGAAGCACGAAGGCGACGCUAUGCAACGCGGUAACGACGUUGUGGGGGACGCCGUUGGAAAUGAAGACAAUAGCACCUCAGCUGGGAGCGGCGUACCACCAGCUAAAGCUGAACCUUUGAUCGAUAUUUUGCACGAAGAUGUUAACGCAGCCGUUGACAUCGUAGCCGUGCAUGGACUCGGUGCGAAUCCAGAUUAUGCCUGGGUUUGGCUACCAAAAAACAAUCCUCGGGGCAACCCAAGCUACCCUGACACGCCAUUGAAUUGGUUGAGGGAUUUGUUGCCCUCCAAACUGCUGUCCUCCAGACUGCCUUGUCGAGUUAUGACCUUCAACUACGACUCUAAGUGGUUUUUAAAAGCCCCUCAGCAACGGCUCUCCAACAUUUCCGACAACCUGUUGAAUAGUCUCCGAAACAACCGCGAGAAGGCUAUUGACCGACCAUUGAUCUUUAUUGGUCACAGCUUUGGCGGUAACUUAAUUGAGCAGGCCAUCAUCUCUGCUAGAUUGCAUCCAGAGUAUAAGCAUAUUGUUGGGUCUACCGUCGGGGUGAUAUUUCUGGGCACGCCUCACCGGGGCAGCAAAGCUGCGAAAUGGGGAGCAUUAAUCGCGUCAGUAGCAGGGACUUUUGUUAGCACCGAAGAAAGAAUACUAGACGAUCUACAAGAACAGUCAGGAACCUUGACAGAUCGCCUGUAUGAAUUCUCCAGCUGGCUAUUUUCAGAGUCAGUGCCUGUGGUGUGUUACUAUGAAAAACUACGGACGGACUAUUCUACCAGGGCAGGGCCUUUGAGAUUCAUUGUGAAGUCUAUGUUCAAAGAAGUGGUUGUAAAUGAGACUAGUGCCUGUAUUGACGGCCAUCAGAAGAUAUCUCUAAACACAGAUCACUUCAAGAUCAACAAAUUCUACGGCCCAGACGAUCCUUCUUUCCGGCAGGUCUACCCAGAGAUAGUUCGAAUGGCAGCAAAUGCGGAAGAGAUGCUUAGGCGGCGCCGAACCCCGAGGGCUAUUCCAGUGGCUAUUCCAGUGGCUAUUACAGACGAGCAAAUCACUACAACAAAACAGCUCCGGGAAUUCCUGCAGGGAAUGGGAGUGAUGAAUGCCCAAGAUGUCCUGUCAGACAUUAAGCACCAAAAGGGUGAAAGGGUAGGGAACACUUGCGAAUGGAUUCUCAGACGAAAGGAAUUCUCCGCAUGGGGAGCAUCUGAAAAUCCUCAGCUAUUCUGCAUCACUGGCUCUCCUGGAAUUGGAAAGACGAUGAUGUCGACCUUUCUUGUUGAUGAGCUGCAGAAAAAGGUUGAGAGGGCCCCUAGCAAAGCAUUAGCCUACUUUUUCUGCGAUGAUAAAGAUCAGGACCGGAAGACGCCAAUAGCUAUACUUCGAAGCCUUAUUUGGCAGAUCCUGCUCCAGAGAAAUGAGCUAUUCGACAUUAUUAAACCAGACUUUAAUGCUCAGGGAAACACCAUCGCCGGGAAUUUCUCCACUCUCGCGAGAAUUCUUAAGGGCAUGCUUCAGGAUGAACGGGCUGGCGAAGUGUUCAUUCUGAUUGACGCUCUCGACGAAUGUGAUGGAUCCUUGCGCAAGGGAUUGCUCUCCUGUAUAAGAGAGCUCUUGCAGACGUCACUGACAACACAAACGGGGAAGUUUAAGUUCCUCGUUACAUCACGGCCUGAGAAUGAUAUUAUGGAGGAGCUGCGUGGUGUGGGCACCCGUCUGUUAAUGAACUCUACUAGCGUCAACUAUGAUCUGUCCAUGUAUAUUGAUUCUGAAGUUGAUCGACUUGCUAAACGGAAGGGGUACACACCAGAGCUAAAACAAAUGGUAGAGAACGCCCUGAAGAACGAAGCGGAAGGCACCUUUUUAUGGGUAUCACUCAUGGUUGCUGACCUCGAGAAGGAACACAGGUAUAACGUGAAAGACAAACUAAAACAGCUUCCUAAGGGGCUCAACGAAACAUAUACCCAAAUUUUGAUCAAAAAUGUUUCUAACGAGGCACGCGAAGACGUCCAAUUUCUUCUACUUAGUAUGGUUGCUGCCCAGAGCCCACUCAAAAAGCACGAAAUAGCAAGUGCCUUUGCCGUAUGGAAAGAUGGCAGAGUGCUGUCACGUCGGCAUGGGGACGAAUAUACGGACAUAUGUUUGUCAUGUAGUUCCAUCAUCUACCUGGGUGUUAAGGGUAACGAUAACUAUGCAACAAUUAACUUCUGCCACCAAUCCGUGAAAGAUUUCCUAUUGGACAAUCACGAUGGGUUACAGGACGCAUGGUAUCAUACCUCCCGAGACCGCGCAAACCUCGUCCUUUUCCAGGUGUGUUGGAACUACCUGACUUCAAAAACUUUUAAUGAUCGCAACUGGUUUGCCUCUUAUGAAAGUCGUCAUGGGUUCAGAUGUCUUAUCGAAAAAAAGCAUCAGGAUUUGCACGAACACUUCCUAGAGUACCCAUUGCUCCAAUACGCAACGACAAAGUGGGAGGACCAUGCAAUAGCGAGUAGUCCUGCCUUAUUUGAUAUGUUCAGGAUUAGCUCUGGGAAGGAACCAGCUGCAAGCUAUCCUAACGUGUUACGCCAAUUGACAAUCGAGGUGGCGGACGCGCCAAUAUUACGUGACGCUUGGUUGCUCCGCGCCGCCAUCGAGGGACAUGAAGGGGCUGUGGAAUUAUUACAUGAACAAAAGGCCAACCUCAAUAUCCAGGACAUGAAUGGCAAGUCGCCAUUGUCAUGGGCUGCUGAGUGCGGGAAGGAGGCCACUGUCAGGCUGCUGCUUGACACAGGCAAGGUUGAGGCCGACUUAAGGGAUGAGUACAGCCGGACACCACUGUCGUGGGCUGCUGAGAAGGGGCAUGAGGCAGUUGCUAGGCUGUUACUUAGUAUAGGCAAGGCUGAGGUUGACCUGAGAGAUAUGGCUGGCCGGCCUCCGCUAUCGUGGGCUGCUAGAGGUGGACAUGAAGCAGUUGCUAGGCUGCUACUUGAUAUAGGCAAGGCUAAGGCUGACUUAAGGGAUAUAUCUGGCCGGUCUCCGCUAUCGUGGGCUGCUAAUAAUGGACAUGAGGAUGUCACUAGGCUACUACUCAACACAGGCGAUGUUGAAGCUGAUUUAAGGGAUAAUUUACUUCGCCAAUCACCUCUGUCGUUAGCUUCUAAGGGCGGGCAUGAGGCUGUUACUAGUUUACUGCUUAACACGGGCAAGGUUGACGCUAACUUAAGGGACGAGAACGGCCGGUCACCGCUUUCGUGGGCUGCUGGAGGGGGGCAUGUGGCUGUUACUAGGCUACUGCUUGAAACCGACAAAGUUGAGGCCGACUUAGUAGAUUAUGAUGGCCGGUCGCCGUUAUCAUGGGCUGCUAGAGGGGGCCAUGUGGCUGUCACUAGGCUACUGCUUGAAACCGACAAAGUUGAGGCCGACUUAGCAGAUCAUGAUGGCCGGUCGCCGUUGUCAUAUGCUGCUAGGAACGGACAUGCGGCUAUUAUUAAGUUACUACUCGACACAGGCGAGGUUGAGGCUGACAAAAAGGAUAAGGAGGGCCUGUCACCGCUGUGGUGGGCUGUAGACCAGUCGUCAGAGAGGGGAGGUAAGGAUUGGGGGCAUACGGCGGUCGCUACAUUGCUACUCUACACAGACAAGGUGGAGUAUGUUGCAGGCGUUGAGGAGAUGUUUCAAACAUGGAGGUAGUUUGUCGCAUUGUACAGCACACCCGUGGAUUUUUGGUGGACUCGCAGAGUGGCUCUUAGGCCAUGAGGCGUCGAAAGUGCAUUGCGCCGUCGACUAAGCUCUCCUAUUUUAUGCAAGUUGUUGUAAUUCAAGUUGAUGUAUAUUGACCAUACCAUAGGCUAAUAGGAUGGUUGCCCUCAUCGAAAAUACCGGUUUUGGAGAUAGAGCCUUGUCUAUUUUAAAUUUGAGGAAUAGAACACUAUGAAGUAAAUAUAAUUGAGGG